CCACUUCGACACUUACUUCAGCACAGAAUAGCACCGUCGUCUUCCAGUUUUAUACUUGUACACUUGGAAGGGACUAUAUUCUGACCAAAUGAGCGUGUCGCCCUGCUACCCUUGUUCGCUACUAGGCUGCCGCGUUUGAGCCCAUCCUUAACCCUCGCACCCGUCCAGCGCAUACGCAACCAUGCGACUAUUGCGACGCAGCGAUACUGGCGAUAUCGUUCUUACUCAGUUUUCGGAUAAGGACAUCCCUCAUUAUGCGAUACUUUCACAUACGUGGGGACCAGAUGCUGAUGAGGUCACCUUUGGAGACCUGGUAAAUGGCACUGGGAGGGAUAAGCCUGGCUAUAAGAAGAUUCUUUUCUGUGGAGAACAAGCCGCACAGGAUGGCCUGGAAUACUUCUGGAUAGACACCUGUUGUAUCGACAAAUCAAGCAGCGCAGAACUUACCGAGGCCAUCAAUUCCAUGUUCAAAUGGUAUCGAGCAUCUGAUGUUUGCUACGCAUUCCUCAGCGACUUGAACCCCAUAAGAGAAUCACUGCGGGAUUGUAAAUGGUUCCAACGUGGUUGGACGCUACAGGAACUGAUUGCGCCAUUCAUCGUUCGAUUCUACGACGAGGAGUGGAAUUUUCGAGGCGAUAAGAUCAGCCUGCUUGGAGAACUGAUCUCAAUUACUCAGGUUGAUGCAGAAGUUUUGGUCAAUACCGUAGCUCUCGAAGAGGUGCCAGUAGCUGUGCGAAUGUCAUGGGCCGCUAAGAGGGAGACAAAGAGAGAAGAAGACCGUGCAUACAGUUUGCUUGGGAUACUUCAAAUCAAUAUGCCUAUGCUUUACGGUGAGGGAGAGAAUGCUUUCAUCCGACUGCAAAAGGAAAUCAUUAGGAACAGCCCUGAUAUGUCCGUUUUUGGGUGGACUCGAACCACCUCAAUAGUCCAUGUUGAACAACAUAGUGGUUUGCUUGCUUC